AUGCUAACAAUAGUGGGUACCUUCUAUUAUAUGAAUUAUUUGCUGAAUAGGAUACAGUUUGACGCCGUCAAACAUGAUAUCUUUCAUCCAAACCAACUUGGCGGUAUCCGCCAGAGGUCCACUGAGGAUGCUGGAUUGAUUCUCAUCCAUCUUGUGCAUGCGGGGUGGGUUAAGGGUCUCCAGACUAGCACGCUGGCUUUCGACAUCGCACAGUUCUUCCCUUCUAUCAACCAUGAAAUGUUCAUGGCUGUCCUUCGCAAACAAGGGUUUUUGCCAAUAUUGGUGGAUUUCUUUGCUUCUUACCUUGUUGGGCGCUCCACAGUCUACUGUUGGAACACCUUCCAAUCCAACUUGCGGUCUGCGGACGUGGGUGUCGGGCAGGGCUCAGCUCUCUCGCCCAUUAUCUCAGGGCUCUUCAUUGCUCCAGUAAUGAAGCUCUUCUAUAUCAAAGCGGCGCUGCUCAACACGACACUACUCUCCUUUGUUGAUGAUGGGACUAUUUUGGCCCAGUCUAAACAACUCGAUGAUAAUAAUGUGGGCCUGCGUAAGGCCUACAAAAUUAUCUACCUUCUCUUUGUUGCUUUCACACUUGUUCUUGAACACGACAAGACCAAGCUGUUUCACUUUUCACAUCGACAAGACACUUACAAUCCUUUGUUGGAUCUGGGGUAUGCCCCGCAUACCGGCGCUACACCUUUGAAGCCCAAGACCUAUUGGAGGUACCUGGGAUUCUACUUCGACCACAGGCUCACUUUCCAUGAGCACGUCCACUACUAUGCCACCAAGGCAUUCACCACCGUGCAGGCCAUGCGCAUGCUUGGAAACUCUACCAGGGGUCUGUUGCCCAAACAGCGAUGCCUCCUCUAUAGAUCAUGCGUGGUUCCCAUUGCUACAUAUGGUUAUUGUCUCUGGUAUUUCAAUGGCGCCUGUAACAAAGGCGCGAUGAACCAGUUAAAACGGAUGCAGCAGAAAGCUGCUUUAUGGAUCACAGGUGCCUUCUGCACCUCACCUACAGGUGGUCUUGAGGCCCUCAUGGGUCUCAUCCCUGUUUAUCUCAUGCUGAAGAAGCUGGCAACGCAUGCAGUGUACCGUGUUGCCACCCUCUCAGACACUCACCCUCUCCUCUCCAUGUUGGGCAAGAGACUCCUCAAACGGGCUGAACCCCACACCUGCUCUGCCGUCUUGAUGACCCCAGCCAUGCGAGGGAAAGUUAAGAGCACCGUUAUGGAGGUGGACGAGCGUGUCCACACCUUAACUGAGAGCUUCAAGCCCUUUGCGCCUGAAGCUCGCCCCGGUGAUCAGCUACUGGACUGCUUUGUGGACCGUCUCCAUUUCGACAAGCGCGAUCCUGCCCAGGAUAGGCUCCCAUACCUUGACAAGCUCAUCGCAAAAGCGAGGGCCGACCCUCUAACAGUACUGGCCGCAACUGAUGGCUCUGUCCCUCAGUCCAACCAGUAUCAGGUGGCUUCGACUGCCAUCAUCUACAAGAGACAUCGUGAGCUCGAAAGGACUUGCUAUGUCUCCGGCAGAGUCACCGCCCCUGAUGCAGAACUCAAUGCCAUUUCGUGUGUGGUGUGCCUUGCUGUCAAGCAGGUAAACUGCCAACAUAUUAUGGUCUUUACUGACAGCCAGUGCUGUCAGUGA